AUGGCAAAGAAGUCAAAAAAAGGAGCGAAAGCAGGCGGGGACUUUUGGGACGAAGAAAUUGAAGGCGAGCAAGUCACUGACACCUCAAUAAAAGAGUUUUCUGCAGAGCCGGCAGACGAAAAUGAAGCUCCUGAAGCUGAUGAUUUUCUCAGCUCUAUCCGGAGUUCCAAAAAGAAAAGGGAAGCUAAGGAGAAAGAGGAAAAGGAGAAGAAGGAUGGUCCAAGAAUAUUGAGCAAGAAAGAGAAGGAAAAAUUGAAGAAGGAAGCAGAGAAGCAAGCUAAAAAGGAAGCUGCUGCGAAGAAGAAAGCAGAACAAGCAGCCAAGAAAGAACAGAUAAAAGAAGCUAACAAACAGCAAGCCGCUAUCAAUGCGGAGAAGAGAGCUUCAGAUCAAGAAAAGCUAUCGUCUGAGUCACAAGAUAGUGCUCCGGCCAAAGCACCAGCGAAGAAAGGCAAGAAGGCACCUGCUGGAAUUGCAGCUCUUAGGAAGCAAUUAGAGCUCAAAAAGCAAAUGGAGGAAGAACAACGGCGUCUUGAGGAAGAGGAGGAACAACGAAGGCUCGAUGCGGAAAGAAGUGCCGCUGAAAGAGAGGCAGAGGCGGAGGCUGCUCGCGAAGCGAAAAGAGAAAGAGACCGUUUGAGAAAAGAAAAACUAAAGGCCGAGGGAAAACUUCUUUCAAAAAAACAAAGGGAAGAGAAGAAGUUACAGGAACGUCGUCGUGAGUUACUCUUACAAGGCGAUGGAAUCAGUGUUGCUGGUUUGGAAAAGAAAGAGAAGACAGUUAAGCCGAAACGAGUUGUCUAUUCGAAGAAAAAGUCGACCAAGUCGAAACCGGCUGAUUCCGAGGUCAGUAAGAGUGACCAAAAGGCUGAUGGGGAAGACGUUUUUGAUACUUGGGAACAAAUGCUCGAUGAAGAUGAAGUCAACUUGCAGGAGAGUGAGGAACAGAAUUCUACAAAUGACAAUGUUACUGCUGAUACAUUCGACUCGCCUGAAGAAGAAGUGAAACCACCAUUGAAGGCGGAGCCUGAAAAGGUGAAUCCAGACAGUGUCAGCGAGGAAUUCAAGGAAAAGAAGGGUUCGCCAAAGCCAGCCGAAUUAUCGCACACUGCAAAUGAUAAGAACAGUCAGGCGUCGGGCAAAGAGUUGCGUUCCCCAAUAUGCUGUAUUCUCGGUCAUGUUGACACAGGAAAGACAAAGUUAUUGGAUAAAAUUCGUCAAACGAACGUUCAAGGUGGUGAGGCUGGAGGCAUUACUCAACAAAUUGGUGCCACCUACUUCCCUGUCGAUGCUAUAAAGCAGAAGACUGCAGUUAUGGCCCAGUACGAGAAGCAAUUUUUUGAAGUUCCUGGUCUAUUGAUCAUUGACACCCCCGGCCACGAGUCAUUUACUAAUUUAAGAUCUCGUGGAUCUUCGCUUUGUAAUAUCGCGAUUUUAGUCAUUGAUAUUAUGCAUGGAUUAGAGCAACAGACUCUAGAGUCUAUCCGACUCUUGAGAGACCGUAAAGCACCUUUUGUCGUUGCGCUCAACAAGAUUGACCGGCUCUAUGAUUGGAAGGAUGUACCAAAUAAUUCUUUCCGUGACUCGUUUGCUAAGCAAAGCAAAGCUGUACAAAGUGAGUUUGUGAACAGAUACGAGCAAAUCAAACUUGCUCUCGCAGAACAAGGAUUGAAUUCUGAACUCUACUUUCAAAACAAAAACAUGUCCAAAUACGUGUCGAUCGUGCCUACCUCUGCUGUCACAGGAGAGGGAGUCCCAGAUCUUUUGUGGUUGUUGCUUGAGCUCACACAGAAGCGUAUGUCCAAGCAAUUAAUGUAUUUGUCCAAGGUCGCUGCAACUAUUUUGGAGGUCAAAGUUGUUGAGGGCUUCGGUUAUACAAUUGAUGUUGUUCUCUCCAAUGGUAUAUUGCGCGAGGGUGACAGAGUCGUACUUUGUGGUUUAAAUGGUCCCAUCGCGACUAACAUAAGAGCUUUGCUUACGCCACCCCCUUCUCGUGAGUUGCGUAUAAAAUCAGAAUACGUCCAUCACAAGGAGGUGAAAGCUGCCUUGGGAGUAAAAAUCGCCGCGAAUGAUUUGGAGAAAGCUGUUGCCGGCUCUCGUUUACUUGUUGUCGGUCCGGAAGAUGACGAGGAUGAGCUUAUGGAGGAGGUCAUGGACGACUUAACAGGUUUAUUGGACUCAGUGGAUACUUCUGGUAGAGGUGUGGUUGUUCAAGCAUCAACGUUGGGAUCUCUUGAGGCCUUACUUGACUUUUUGAAGGAUAUGAAGAUUCCAGUUAUGUCUAUUGGAUUGGGCCCUGUUUACAAGCGUGAUGUCAUGAAGGCAACUGCCAUGCUUGAGAAAGCUCCAGAACUCGCUGUAAUGUUGUGCUUCGAUGUUAAAAUAGAUAAGGAAGCGGAGCAAUAUGCUGAGGAGCAAAACGUGAAAAUCUUUAAUGCUGAUAUUAUUUACCAUUUGUUUGAUGCUUUCACAGCAUAUCAAGCCAAAUUGCUAGAAGCAAGGAGGAAAGAGUUCAUGGAGUAUGCGGUGCUUCCUUGCGUUUUGAAGACAAUCCAGAUCAUCAACAAGCGUAAUCCAAUGAUUAUUGGUGUUGAUGUCGUGGAGGGCGCCGUUCGUAUAGGUACGCCAAUAUGUGCCGUGAAGAAGGAUCCGACUACUGGUACUCCAAAUAUAUUAGUUUUGGGUAAAGUUGUUUCACUUGAGGUUAACCACAAGUCUACAGAUAUUGUCAAGAAGGGACAAACAGCCGCCGGUGUUGCGAUGAGAUUGGAAAAUCCCUCUAGUGCACAACCCACCUGGGGUAGGCACGUCGAUGAAUCUGAUAACUUGUAUUCUUUGAUUUCAAGACGUUCAAUUGAUACUUUGAAAGAUCCCGCUUUCCGUGACUCUGUACUGAGAGAUGAUUGGCUUCUCAUUAAAAAAUUGAAGCCCAUAUUUGAUAUCAAGUAA